AUGAACAUAGGCCUAAAGAACUAUUUCUGUCGUGCAAGUGCCUACACCAAGCGUGUAACCACGAUCAAUACCCAGGUUCCGCGCAGCUUUGACGAAUUCCACGACGGCUUUGCAUCAGUGGCGGCAGACGCGCCGCGAUGGUGGGCCGCAACAGCCGCUCGAAGAGCGCGGCGCGCCCGUUGGCGCCGCGGCAUGAGUAGCGCUCGCUCGGCCCGGCCCGAGCGCCCGCCAUGGCGCAGGCCGCGCCCGCUUCCGCACAACGCACCCAUUCCUUCGCCAAGAAGACCUUCCACAAGCCUACGUACUGCCAUCAUUGCUCCGAUCUGCUAUGGGGGCUCAUCGGCCAGGGCUACGGCUGCGAAGGUACGCGCAUGCGCCCGAUACGUCGAUACGCGCGAAGCACGACCAGUUAUGCAACCGGGCGUAACCCAACCCUCGACACAACCUUCGCUCCCCCCACGGUCUCAAAGCAGCGUGCGCGGCCGAGACCUUCGACCUCACGCGCUGAACCACCCUGACUUGUCUCUCUUUCCGAUCCAUUAG